AUGGCAGUCUCACGUUUGCUGCUGGCCCUCGCAGCCAGUGCCACCGGUGUUGUCGCCGGUAUGUCAAGCAGAAACUCGACCACGAGCUUCACGGCCAAAGGCAUCGCUACUGGCACGGCAGCACAGCUCCAAACCUUCCCGUUCACCCCUUUCACUUUGAGCCCGGAAAUCCCGAUGGCUACCUUGGAUUACGGAGCCGAGAGAGCGGGUUAUCCGAUAUUUGAAGUCUCGGCCCUCAGCGCCCCGGCCCAGAUCGAGGUGAAGUACACGGAGCACUUUGACGGGCUCGAUCACCCGUUCGGCGACGGGCCGUACACCUUUUCGAAUCAGCUGAGCAACAGCUUCCGCGUUGAGACAUUCAACAUCACGUCUAUCGGCCGAGUCAAAUCCCUGCUCAUUCAAGGAGGGCAGAAAUGGCAAUCCAUCAAACUUUUGACGAAUGGCACUGUUUCGUUUUCUAGCGUGGGCUUCGAGGCGACGAUCGAUACAACUGAACCAGAGGAGUUACCUGGACAGUUUGAGAGUGACGAUGAGGUUCUGAACGACAUCUGGAAGCUCGGUGCUCGGGCAGCCACGGCGGCUUGCUUUGACAAGGGUACGCAAAAGACAAUCUGGGAAGUCUCUGAAGAGAACGGGGUGUUUGCGCGUAGCACCAGACCCUCGGUGACAUACAAGGGUACAGCCUGGAGCAAUUACACUCUUGAGUUUGAUACCAAGAUCGAGAGAGGAGGGAGCUGGUGGGUGACGGGAGGAGUCAUUGCCGGCAAUGGAUACACCAUGCUCCUCACCGGCGAGCUUCCCGAGUCGAGCACCUUCGCCAACGUCAAUAAGACUCUGACACCGCCCAACACCAUCUCGUUGGCGUACGGUCCCGACUUUGUCAACCAGACAACGCUCACAAGCUACUUGCUCGACGUCUUUAAGGUCCCAUUCACAGUAAAGGAGGACGAAUGGUACCACAUCAAAGCAUCGAUGGCUCCCACCGGCCACCUAGCAGUCUCCAUCAACGAGACCCAGAUCCUCAACAUCUCGCGCUCCGACUACCCGUGGGCUCUCAGUUCUGGCACAGUCUCCUACUCCGGAUCCCCUGACUUCAGCGGCUCCUUCGGCUUCGGAGCGUACCAAGAUCAAGCAGCCUACUUCAAGAACGUGCACGUCUACGACACCGCUAACGGCUCCACGCUCUACUCAAACACCCUCACCGGCAGCGCGGAAGACAUCCUCGCCGAAUACGGGACUCAGGCCAACAGCGAAGCCGCAUGUCUUGACGGUCCGAAGCGAGAUCGCCUCAUCUGGCUCGGUGACUUUUACCACACGGCACGCAUCAUCGCCGCCAGCACAUCAAAGACGGAGCAGGCCAGAGGCACCCUUCAACUCCUGCUUGAUUCACAAAUCGCAAACGGGCAGAUGAACAUCUCACCUAAUCUGGGCUACAACCUCUCCUCCGUCGCCGAUGCGCUGGCGCCGGCGGGGAGCUUCGGGCUGCAGGAUUACCAGCUCCUAGGCCUGAUGGCUUUCAACGACCACGUGCGUCUGACGAACGACCUCGACUGGGCGAGAUCUACCUGGCCACGGUGGCAGAGGGUGCUCAACUGGCUUCUGCCGCAGAUCAACUCCACGACAGGGCUGUUGACUUUCGAUGGGGGGUUCGCGUUUACGGGGCCUGCGGACGGGGGAUCCGCGAUCGGAUGCGAGGCUGUUCAGACUCUCAACGGUGCCGCUGACGUUGCUGAUGCGCUCAACGAUACGGCAUCUGCUACUCAAUACAGAGGCGCUGCGAUGUCGCUUGCGAACGCGAUUAACGAGCGUCUCUGGAACGAAGAGGCAGGCGCGUACGGCCUUUCGCUGACAGACCUGGACGGCAUCUCGGUGGCUGCGACGGCAUUCUGCAUCACUUCAGGCGUGGCGAACGCAACGCGCGCAUCACGGUCUCUUGCCGCUGUAUCCCGCUUGAAGCUGGGACCGGGAUACAAGGAUACGUCGGUGGUGAGUUCCAACGACUCGAGCGUCAACAUUUCACCGAACACCAACGGUUUUCUCCUGGAGGCACUAUUCGUCGGCAACGAAACGCAGGCAGCAAGAGAGUUGAUGGAGAGUCUCUGGGGCGCCAUGCUCCCCGGCGACACAACCGCAGCACAGAACAGGAGCGCGGUCGGCGCGAGCUGGGAGUACGUCAACGCUGCGACGCGACAGCCCGGCCUGGGACUGUUCACGAGUCUAAGUCAUCCAUGGGGCGGCGCCGCAACGUAUGUGUUGACGGAGUGGGCUGCAGGGCUACGGGCUGCUGCGGGUGUCGAUGGGUUCGGGUACAGGAAUUGGAUGGUGUCGCCUGCGACUGGUGUCGAGAUGGGGCUGAAGAGGGCGAGCGCUAAGGUUGUCACUGCGUUUGGAGGAGAGUUGAGUGUCGAGUGGAGGGUGCGUGAGGGUGAUAUUGGUGUUAGUAUUUGGGCACCUGUCGGUACGCAGGGACGGUUUGUUUACGGGAAUAAGAGCAUUGCGUUGCAUGGGAGAUCUGAAUAUCAGUUCACUGUCGACGCAUCGCUGGAUAAUGGUAUUAUUUAG